CAGCCCGGAGGGCAGGUGCGAGCUUGGUCGUUGGUGGUUGCUAGUGCAGUCAUGGUUCGUCCGCUAAACUGCAUCGUCGCUGUGUCCCAGAACAUGGGCAUCGGCAAGAAUGGGGACCUGCCCUGGCCCCCGCUCAGGAAUGAAUUCAACUAUUUUCAAAGAAUGACCAAAACCUCUUCAGUAGAAGGUAAACAGAAUCUGGUGAUUAUGGGUAGGAAGACCUGGUUCUCCAUUCCUGAGAAGAAUCGACCUUUAAAGGACAGAAUUAAUAUAGUUCUCAGUAGAGAACUCAAGGAAUCUCCACAAGGAGCUCAUUUUCUUGCUAAAAGUCUGGAUGAUGCCUUAAAACUUAUUGAGGAACCAGAAUUAGCAAAUAAAGUAGACAUGGUUUGGAUAGUAGGGGGCAGUUCUGUUUAUAAGGAAGCCAUGAAUCAACCAGGCCAUGUUAAACUGUUUGUGACAAGGAUCAUGCAGGACUUUGAAUGUGACACAUUUUUUCCAGAAAUUGAUUUGAAGAAAUAUAAACUUCUCUCAGAAUACCCAGGAGUUCUUUCUGAUGUCCAAGAAGAGAAAGGCAUUAAGUACAAAUUUGAAGUGUAUGAAAAGAAUGAUUAAUUUCAAGUCAUUCCUCUUCCCUCCAAAAAAAUUACACAGUUUUACAUUAGGAAAAAAAGCUGUGUUAACCUUAGAUCUAUAGAUAUUUCUAACCAUGUUUUUAUUCCCUGUUGAUCUUAAUUAGACAAUAUCAAAUAAAGUUCGUGGACAAUUUCUUUUCUCCCUGAA